AUGAUGUCCCAGUCUCUCAGAGCGUCGCGCUCCCUCUUCGUCCGCGCCUCUCGGCAACAGGUUUCGACGGCCGCUCGCCGCACUUUCCUGACCUCCGCCGUCCGUCAGGCCGACCCCGUUCAGGAGCUCUACCUCCGCGAACUCCGCGCCUACAAGCCCUCCCCCGUCAAGCCCGGUGAUGCCGAUGCUCACGUCCAGAAGUUCGCCAUCCCCGCCGCCCCCAAGUCUCCCGAGGAGGCCAACCUCGCCAAUGAGCUGAAGUCCUACGAGACCCAGGAGGUGGAAGUCGAGGGCCAGGCUGCCAGCGGCGAGGCCGCCCCCGUUGAGGAGAGCUGGUUCGUCGAGGAAGAGGAGGAGGCUCCUGCUGCCCACUAG